UCGGCUAGAGGUUCUUCGGCCCCGGCUUGCUGCGUCUCCGCCGCUGCCCGCGCCAGGUGAGGGCUCGCGGCUCCAGGCUGCGGCGCCCGGCGCGUGUUGGCUGACUCCGGGCUUGCGCCGCUGAGGCGGACUGGGCCGGCGGGCGGUUAGCGCCCUGUUCGACGCGGGGAGAGGCGGCACGCCGGGCGCUGCACGGCCUCAGCCGACGCGGGCGGCCGCGGCGGCGGCGACGGUGGCUGGGCUCUUGGGUUCUCCACCUCAGACCGGAGCCAGUCGGUGUCCCGGCGGAGAGACGGGCAGCCGGGCUCCCUGGCCCCGGGCCCCCCCCGGCUGGGGCGGCUGGGGCAAGGGGACAAUGUCUGCUCGGGCCCCAGUGCCCGCCGCUCACUCUCGGGAGGAGCCGCCCGCGGCAGCUGCUGAGAGGGAGUCGCUGUCGGCCGCGGCGAGCCGGCAGGCCGAGCAGCUGCCCUCGUUCGAACGGGAGGGCAAGGAGGCGGCGAGGGAGGAAAGGGCCGCUACCACCACCAGCGCGGGGGCGCGGGGAGAGCCGUCGCCGGCGCCGGUGCUGGGACACAGCGUGCCCCAGGCGGCCGUGCCCGUGAAGCCCCUGGCGCUGCACCUGGCGCACAAGGCGCGCGGGCCCGGGGGCCCCUUUGGCGGGGAGCCGACGCCACCGCUGUUGCGGGACCCGGCGGCCGAGGACGCCCGGGAGAAGGAGGUGGCCACCAGCCCUGAGGAAAAGCUGCAGCCGCCGCCGCUGGCCCCUAAGGAGAAUCCCUGGACCAAAAAACCUCCCCAGCACCUGUCCCCCGCCGGGACGGGGCCACUGCCACCGUCCCCGCUGGAAAUCCUGGAGGCAGACCUCAAUUCCCCCAAAAUUAUAAAAGCAGGAAAACCUAAGACAAAGAAAUCCAACAAGGCUAGUGAUUUCAGCGAUAUGGCGAAUUGGCCAACACCAAGUGAAUUAGUAAGCACUGGAUGUCAGAGUGCCAUCAGCCAAGGAAAUAAGAAGCCACAAAAUAGAAAAGAACGAGAAGACAAGGUUGAAAAGAGAAAUAACAGUGAAAGCAAAGAAAGCCGGGAAACAAAAUUAGAUGGUCCUGGUGAAAAUGUCAGUGAGGAUGAGGCUCAGUCAAGUAAUCAAAGAAAGAGAGCUAAUAAGCACAAGUGGGUACCACUCCACUUAGAUGAUGUAAAACCAGACAGUCAAGAAAGACCAGGAUCCCGGAACAGCUCAAGAUGUCAACCAGAAGCAAGUAAAUCAUCACAUAAUAGGAGAAAUGAUACACGAAGUUGGAGACGUGAAAGAGAAAAGAGAGAUGAUCAAGAUGAAGUUUCCAGUGUGAGAAGUGAGGGUGGUAAUGUCCGAGGUUCUUUUAGAGCCCGAGGAAGAGGCCGAGGUCGGGGAAGAGGACGAGGCAGAGGAAAUUCUCGAUUGAACUUUGAUUAUUCAUAUGGUUAUCAAGAACAUGGUGAAAGGUCUGACCAACCAUUUCAAACAGAACUUAAUACCAGUAUGAUGUAUUACUAUGAUGAUGGUACAGGCGUGCAGGUGUAUCCAGUGGAAGAAGCAUUGCUUAAAGAGUAUAUUAAGCGCCAAAUUGAAUAUUAUUUCAGUAUAGAAAAUUUGGAACGGGACUUCUUUCUUAGGAGAAAGAUGGAUGAGCAAGGUUUCUUGCCUAUUUCCCUGAUUGCUGGUUUCCACCGUGUUCAGGCUCUCACUACAAACCUUAAUCUCAUUUUAGAGGCACUGAAAGAUAGCACAGAAGUGGAAAUUGUGGAUGAGAAAAUGAGAAAAAAGGUAGAACCCGAAAAAUGGCCAAUUCCGGGCCCUCCUCCACGUAGUGUGCCACAAACUGACUUCUCUCAACUGAUUGAUUGCCCAGAGUUUGUACCGGGUCAAGCCUUUUGUUCACAUACAGAGUCUGCCCCAAAUUCUCCAAGAAUUGGAAGUCCACUGAACCCAAAGAAAAAUACUGAAACAAGUAAUCUUCAAGCAAUGUCUAGAGGUUUGUCUACCAGUUUGCCUGACUUGGACUCAGAACCUUGGAUAAAAGUAAAAAAGAGACAUUGUCCAUCCCCAGUGAAACUGAAGGAAUCACUGUCUCUACCUGAAGAGUCAUCAAAUCAGCUAUAUUCUCCAGAUGAACAAGAUCAAGAAGAACUUGAUUUUUUAUUUGAUGAAGAGAUGGAACAAACAGAAGGGCGAAAAAACACAUUUACUGAUUGGUCUGACAAUGAUUCAGAUUAUGAAAUUGAUGACCAGGAUUUAAACAAGAUUUUGAUUGUAACUCAGACACCACCUUACAUGAGAAAACAUCCUGGAGGAGAUCGAACAGGCAACCACAUGUCUUGGGCGAAAAUUACAUCUGAACUUGCUAGAGUUAUCAAUGAUGGCUUAUAUUAUUAUGAGCAGGAUCUAUGGAUGGAAGAAGAUGAAAACAAACACACAGCCAUAAAGCAAGAAGUUGAGAACUUUAAGAAGCUAAAUCUCAUUAGUAAAGAGCAGUUUGAAAACUUAACACCUGAACUUCCUUUUGAGCCAAACCAAGAAGUUCCUGUAACACCUUCACAGUCCAGGCAAGGUUUUUAUUUUUCAGAUUUGACUGAUGAACUAGCUCAGAAACUGUUUGAUGUUUCAGAUAUGUCUUCAGCAACAACUGCCCAUUCAUUGCCUACAGCAGUUCCGCGAUCUCCUACAAUUUAUCCUGCCAGGGCAGCCAAAACACCUCGAACACCCAGAUUACAAGAUCCGAAUAAAACACCAAGAUUUUAUCCUGUUGUUAAAGAACCAAAAGCCGUUGAUGUAAAGAGUCCAAGAAAGAGAAAAACAAGACAUAGUACAAAUCCUCCUCUAGAGUGUCAUGUUGGCUGGGUAAUGGAUUCCAGAGAUCAUGGGCCAAGAACAUCCUCUGUCAGCAGUUCAAAUGCUUCGCCUUCAGAAGGUGCACCACUAGUAGGAAGUUAUGGAUGUACUCCUCAUUCAUUCCCGAAGUUCCAGCACCCUUCUCAUGAACUUUUGAAGGAAAAUGGCUUUACCCAACAAGUAUACCACAAGUAUCGUCGAAGAUGCCUAAGUGAGAGAAAACGCUUGGGAAUUGGCCAGUCCCAAGAAAUGAAUACCCUCUUUCGUUUCUGGUCCUUUUUCCUCAGAGAUCAUUUCAAUAAAAAAAUGUAUGAGGAAUUUAGACAACUUGCUUGGGAAGAUGCAAAAGAAAAUUACAGGUAUGGAUUAGAGUGUCUGUUCAGGUUUUAUAGUUAUGGACUGGAAAAAAAAUUCAGACAAGAAAUUUUUAAGGAUUUCGAAGAAGAAACCAAAAAAGACUACGAAUCUGGUCAGCUAUAUGGAUUAGAAAAGUUUUGGGCUUAUCUAAAAUAUUCUCAAUCUAAGAUGCAGUCUGUUGACCCAAAACUUCAAGAAUACCUCUGUAGCUUUAAGAAGUUGGAAGACUUCCGUGUUGAUCCCCCUAUUGUUGAGGAAUUUGGAAGAAAAAGACAUUCAUCUACUUCUGGUGAGGAGAGUAAUCGUCACAGACUUCCAUCUUAUUCCUCUGCAAAGCCACUGAAUGCUGCUAAGCAUACACCUGCCAAUCAGCUUCAGGUCCCAACAAACUCUCCCAGAAGGAGUACUUCCCAGCAGUCCAGUGACAAUUCACACCAGAACAGUGCUGCCUCAGUCUCAACAAAUGGUGAACUGCCUGAGAAAUAGACUCUUAACAAAAGUCGUUUGCCCUUGAAAUCAACAUUUACAUCAGUAUUUAUUUGGGAAAAUCUUCUGAUGUUUAAUUAUGAUAAUCAGAAAAAGAAAAAGGAAGAAAAGUGGUAGCAUUUUUUCUAGCAAGAUAAAUUCUGGAAACGUUUUUCCUGAUUUCACGAACAAGGAUAGUUUUGGUGACCUUUUAUAGAGAUCCUCUAGUAAUGUAUUUUGGUUUCAGUAUUUCUUUUUCAAAGCCAUUUGUUUACAAGAACAGCAUUCCUUAAAUAUAUACAAAAACAGCAGGAAUGCCUAACAUUUUGGCUCAUACUUCUUAAAGAAGAUAUAGUAUGUUGUAUUCAUCUCUUCUAUAGAGCUUUCUUGAAGAAUCCAAUUACCCCAACCAUCAAUUCAUAUUUGAACUUAUCAAAAACAAAGGAUGAUUACGUAUAUAUUUUUUAAAUUCAAAAAAAGAAUAUGAAAUGAUACAGUUACUUUUCUUUUUAGAUGUAUAGUUUAAAGGGAACUUUUUUUAUAUACAAAAGUGGAAAUAUAUUGUGGUUAGAUUGAAGUAUGUGCACUUUGGAUGUUGUGUUUUGCUUUUUCUCCCCCCCAGUCACAACUCAUGAUUUCCAUAGUUAUUAUUGUGUUGGUGCAGUGUUCUGAAUUGGCUUCAGCUGGUUACGUAUCAGGAGCGAUUUACUUUUUGUGACUAUAUAAACCUGUGUGAGUAAUUGAAAACUGGGUUGGGAUUGGUUGGAAUAUUGUUCUAAAUUAACUAAAUCUUACAUUGUUUUGAAUACAUCUGCUGUUGUACAUUCUGCAGAUGUGUAUGUCACAAGCAGUCAGAUUAUCUUCAAUUUAAAAGGAGUACCUAGUUUUUCCUUUUUGUGUCUUUUAGUUUUAUUUUAUGCCUAUAAGUGUUUUCAAGAAACAAACUAGUUUUUAUUGCUGUUGCAACUGAUGUAAAUAAUAGUUUCAGUUUUUGUGGGAAUUAAAAUAAAGCACUUAUUCUAAAUUA